AUGGAGAUUUCACCCGCCCAGCCUAUAGUACAGGCUGGAGAGCUGCCCGAGCAGCCGCCGACGACCGCGUCUUCCAACCAUGCCCCAAUUUUACCAUUGGAAAUCGCCGAAGAGAACACGGUGACGCGCACCAAAACCCGGCUAUAUCUCAUUCUAGCGGCAUUCUAUUUGUCCUUGUUCCUGGCCGCACUCGACACGACCAUUGUCGCCCAGUCCAUUCCGACGAUAUGCGCAGACUUACACUCGGCGGCGGGCUAUGUCUGGAUUGGAGGUGCCUACUUGCUGGCAAAUGCAACAUCUGGCCCUAUAUGGUCUUCUAUAAGCUCCGUAUUUGGAAGAAAGCCAGUGUUGCUCAUUGCGGUGACGUUGUUUGCAAUCUCGAGUAUCAUUGCGGCACUGGCCCACAACAUGCCCAUGCUCAUUGCCGGCCGUGGACUACAAGGAGCAGCUGGCGGCGGACUCGUGCAGCUCUCCAUCAUCACCAUCUCUGACCUCUUCAGUGUGCGCGAGCGAUCAGUCUACCUGGGCUUCUCGGGCUUCGUCUGGGCCCUGGCAGGAUCCGCUGGGCCGCUGAUUGGUGGAGCGUUUACAGAAUCCGCGACCUGGCGGUGGUGCUUCUGGAUCAACGUUCCGAUCUGCGUGGUCACGUUUGGCCUCAUGACCGUGUUCUUGGACGUUCACAACCCAAGAACCAAGCUGAGUGAAGGUCUUAGGGCCAUUGACUGGCUUGGUACGUUUUCAAUACUCGCCAUCUCCCUUCUCAUCCUGCUAGGACUGGAUUUUGGCGGCACAAUCGCCCCCUGGAACAGUCCAAAGGUCAUUUGCUUGGUCGUGUUCGGCGCCGCCAUGAUUGGCGUCUUUAUCUUGACCGAGCAACGUGUCCGGUACCCUAUGAUGCCCCUGGCCGUGUUCAAGAGCUGGUCCAAUGACGCCGUCUUCGCCGUCGUGGUUGCGCACGCCAUGGUCCUCAUUGGUAUCGAGUAUUACAUGCCAUUGUACUUUCAAAGCGUGCUCCAAGCUUCGCCGAUUCGAAGUGGUGUCUUAUUGCUCCCAUUGAUUAUUGUCCAAGCCGUGGGUGAGCUUGUGGCCGGAUACACAAUCCAUCUCACCGGACGCUACAGGGAAUUCAUGUGGAUCGGUUCGCUAUUCCUUCCUCUUGGGAGUGGCCUCUAUAUCUUGUUCGGGCCCGAUACGAGUGUUGCCAUGCUUGUAGGCUUGCUGAUCAUUGGCGCUCUCGGCCCAGGGCUGCUUUUUCAAGCACCCAUGGCGGCUAUUCAGAACAGUGUCAGUCAGGCCGACACUGCCGCAGCCACAGCCGCCCUCAUCUUUCUGCGAAACAUCGCCAUGUCCCUAUCUGUUGUGGUGGGAGGCGUCGUAUUUCAGAACAGUAUGGACACUCAACAAACGUCCCUUGCAGCUGCAGGUCUCAGCGAAUCCGUACUCGAGGCUCUGUCGGGCAGUCAGGCAGCGGCGAAUGUUGGCAUCCCGAAAAUAAUUGAAGACCCGCAACAGCGCCGAGCGGUUCUAGAAGCAUUUUCUUGGAGUUUGAGAAACAUAUUCAUCUUGUACACGGGCUUGUCGGUCGUCUGCACGGUGGCUAGCUUCUUCAUAAAGCAUCAGAACCUAAGAACGGAACAUACAGAGACAAAGACGGGGAUACAGCAUUUGUCAAAGAACGAAAAGUCCUGA